AUGAUUAUAGUCUACAUUGCUGUUGUACUGUGCCAAUUUAGAAUAAUACAUAAUAAUCAAACAAUGAAUGACUUUAAUUUUCUAUGCAACCCAAAAUAUGGGGAAGUGACUGAAAAUAUGAGCCUUGAAAGAUUGAUUGUGUUUGCUAGAAAUGGCGACAGGUCUCCUGAGCAGGGGAGAAAUAAAGGGUGGAGCAAGAGAAUAUGCAUUAAAUGUAGAAGGACUCGCUGUUUCUUGGUUCACUGUGAGCAUGGAAUGCUAACUGUCAAAGGAUAUAAGCAGGGGCACGAUCUAGCAGGGUUUAUAAAGAAAGAGUACUAUCCUAGGUUUUCCUAUAAAAACAUUAGCUAUGUAAGACGUAGAAAACAUCCAUUUCAUGAUUACAUUCAAAAAAGAACUUUCAACAAUACUGACUAUAACCAAAUCAUUAAUAACGUAAAUAUGGGAGAAAAUAUAGAUGGCAGCGAUAUGAAAAGUGCUGUUUCGAAUAAUGUUGACUCCAGUACUGGAAGUAUAUUUGCUGAUGUAAAAAUUCAGGGAUAUUUUUAUAAAAAUAACAGAAACUACGUGUUUUUAAGAAGUAUCACUGAGGCAUUGGAGUAUUCAAGCCUCACUCUACAUCCAGUAAGUAAUCUAGGGUGCAAGAAGGAAUGCUUGGAUGUGCGAAACUCUCUUUUCUCCAAAAAUGAUACCAAAGAGCUUAUUUCUGGCGGCGAAUUUGACAGGAUUAUUGGGUCGUUGUGCAAUGAAGUGCCAAUUGAAUGUAGCAGGUUUGACUGCGAUUUGAUGAAGAUGGAAGAUUAUAUGACCCAGAUGAGGAUGAAUUUUGAAGACAAUUUGGCAAAGAUGAAGGAGGAUAUUACUUCAACAGCUGUUGAUUUUGGUGAGCUAAGCCAGUUUAUUUUGAGUAUUUUAACUAACAAUGACAUUAGCAUUGUUUCAGUUACGGGUGAAACAUUGGUGACCUUACUGGCUGGACUGAAUACUAAAAAUUCAAAACUGGUGCCAUAUGCAAGUGCUGUAUUUAUUGAAUUGUGGAAAGACAAAAAGGGAAAGGAGUUUUAUGGUGUAAAAUACAACGGUAAAAGGAUGAAAAUUGGGCUUUUUAAGGAAGAUUUUGUUGAAAAAGACCAAUUUGUAAAGUUUUUGAAAAUGUUUGCAAAGCAUAACAGCAGAAUUGCUGAAAUAUGUAAAAUUAAUAUAAAGUCAAUGAACAAAGAUGAAUUAUUAAGCUUAAAAAGGGAGAGGGUUAGAAAGAUGCUUGAUCCUUUAAUUAAGAAACUGCACGAAAGGAGACUGUUGAUGAAAUGA